UGUGAAUCCAUAGACCAAGAAAGUAAUAGUGGGCAAAAUUGGAUUACAAUGAGAAAAUAAGGGCGUGGAUGCAAGAAAACACAUUCAUAUUAUUACAAAUUUACAACCGAACCAAAAUUGUAAUUUGCCAUUAAACUCGCACGACGUCACCCAUUCUUAGCCACAGGAUUGACGAUUGUGCAACUCUUAUCUGCCACGUGUGAAGCCGACGAUGUGGGACCCACGGAAAGCUGUGACUGCUCUCCCGCGCUCUUAUAAAAUUUACUCCGCAGUCCCUUUGGCCUUUUCACAAUUUUCCCCAUUUUGAUUUUUCUCCUCUUCACAAGUCCCAGCCAGCCAACGCAGGCUGUAAAAGGAUUUGGCACAGAUUUGAAGAGAUGGACUACGUGAAUGGACCAGGAAGGAACCACCUUUUUGUGCCGGGGCCCGUGAAUAUCCCGGACCAGGUCAUUCGUGCUAUGAGCCGUAACAAUGAGGAUUACCGGUCGCCAGCUGUUCCUGCACUUACUAAACUGCUUUUGGAGGAUGUCAAAAAGAUUUUCAAGACCACUUCUGGGACUCCUUUUCUCAUUCCCACAACAGGGACUGGUGCAUGGGAAAGUGCGCUGACGAACACACUUUCCCCUGGAGACCGUGUAAUUUCAUUCCUAAUUGGUCAGUUCAGUCUGCUGUGGAUCGACCAGCAAAAGCGCCUCAAAUUCAACGUCGAUGUUGUCGAGAGUGAAUGGGGCCGAGGUGCAGAUCUCAAUUUGUUGGCCUCGAAAAUAGCCGAGGACAGUGCCCACACUAUUAAGGCCAUCUGCAUUGUCCACAACGAGACAGCAACUGGCGUCACUAACAACCUCGCCACUGUCAGAAAAAUACUCGAUGAUUACCAGCACCCAGCAUUGCUUCUGGUUGAUGGUGUGUCCUCGAUUUGCGCGCUCGAUUUUCGUAUGGAUGAGUGGGGAGUUGACGUGGCCUUAACUGGCUCACAGAAGGCACUUUCACUUCCGACUGGAAUGGGAAUAGUUUGUGCAAGCCCUAAGGCACUCGAGGCUGCCAAGACUGCAAAAUCUGUGCGUGUGUUCUUCGACUGGGCAGACUACUUGAAGUUCUAUAAGAUGGGGACUUAUUGGCCAUACACACCUUCUAUUCAGCUUCUGUAUGGGCUGAGGGCUGCUCUCGACCUUCUCUUUGAAGAGGGGCUCGAGAAUGUUUUCACCAGGCAUGCACGCCUUGCUAAGGCUACCAGGCUUGCAGUAGAGGCAUGGGGCUUGAAAAACUGCACUCAGAAGGAGGAAUGGUACAGUGACACUGUCACUGCUGUUGUUGUCCCUUCUUACAUAGACAGCUCAGAGAUCGUCAAGCGCGCUUGGAAACGUUACAACUUGAGCUUGGGCCUCGGCCUUAACAAAGUUGCUGGCAAGGUUUUCAGAAUAGGGCAUCUUGGGAAUCUAAAUGACCUACAACUACUGGGCUGUCUUGCUGGUGUGGAAAUGGUGCUCAAAGAUGUGGGCUAUCCGGUAAAGCUCGGCAGUGGGGUUGGGGCUGCCUCUGCAUACUUACAGAACAAAAUUCCUUUGAUUCCUUCAAGGAUUUGAUUUGUUUAGAAAAGACUGGCUUUGUCUUUUCUGUCUUAUUAUUGUUAUACUGUAAAAAUUGCUCAAUCUUCACCUUUCCUGGAUUUGUAUUGAUUAAGUUUUUCCUUUUAAUGGAUAAAAUGGACCUUUUGUAUCUGUUUUUUGAGUUUUCUUUGUGAAGCCGUUCUUCUUUAUGCACUACUAUUACACACGCGCAGAGGCAUACUUUGCAGUAAUGCUUAAGAUGUGUUAUGUUCAAAGAAGUUCUGUGAAAAGCCAGAUUGUGCAUAUAAUUUUAGGCCUGUUGGUAUUUUAAAUAUUUUCUAUGAGUGUAGUGUUAAUUCGUAUCUUAAAAAUAAUCUUUUAUUUCUUUUGUU